GCCCAAGCAAUGCCUCAAAUGCAUUGUCAGGAAAAUUUUCCAACAGAACCCCAACAUUUCUAUGAAAGCAAUAACACUGCUUGAUGCCUGCGUCAAAAAUGUAGGCAACGCGUUUGCUCGUGAAAUGUCAUCUAAGGACUUUGUCGGUACUUUUAAGCAGAAGUAUCCAAAACUUCAAACAACACCGAGAAUGAAGCUUAUCGAGCUCACCAAACAGUGGGCUGAGGAUUACAAGGACAAUCCUGAAUUUAGGCAAGUCUUUACCUUUCUUAUUUUCUAG